UGCUGGCUGCAUGCGCAGAGAAUAGGCGGAGACACACGAGGAAAGACUACAGCAGCCGCCACUGCCCUUCUUUCAUUCCAACUCACUGGAUAUGUCUUAGAUUUUUCUCUCUCAUGUGAUAUCAGAGGAGGCGCUGCCGGAAUUGCCAGUCUCGCACACUGGGCUGAUGCGAGUUUUGAUGCGCGCGUGUGGUUUUUAUCCUGCGGUCGAUAGCGCAGAUGAAGAGGAUGCGUGAAAGAACGCAGCCCAGCCCUGUUUUCCUGAAUGCGAUUGAACGGAACUGCAUAUUUUCGGAUAAAGAUGAAAUCGGCAUUGUCUAAAUGUUGGUUUCAUCUGGAUUUUUGGGCGGAGUACACGAAUCGAUAAAGCAAGAUAAAGCGACACUAUGCUGCCCAAGUGAUUGAUCACUGUGCUCAAUGAGAACAAGGAGGAGGACGGCUUCGAUACGAUGGCUGAGGAGAAUAACCUGAAGACAGCUAGAUUAUGGAGGGAUGCUGCUUUGCGCUCCAGGAAGCUGAGGAGCAAUCUGAGACAGCUGACUCUCAGCACCAAAAACUGCCAAGAAAUUACAUUACCCGAGGACAUAAAGGAGAUCGAGGUCCUCAAUCUGGGAAACAACUCCCUUCAAGAGCUUCCAGAGGGACUGGGCUCAACCCUAACCAGACUUCGCAUCCUCAUUCUUCGAAGGAACAAGUUUGCAACAGUCCCCACUGCAGUAUUUCAACUUAGUCAGCUGGUUGAAUUAGAUAUCAGUCACAACUGCUUGAACCACUUUUCAGAAGAUAUUGAUCUUCUCAAGGGGCUUAAAAAGUUGUGCAUCUGUCAUAACAAAAUCCAACACCUGCCAUCUCAGAUUGGGACUUUGCAAAGUCUGGAGGAGCUUGACAUCAGCUUCAAUGAGCUGCAUGAUUUCCCCAGGACCUUUUCACAGCUCAGGAAGCUCAGAACGCUCGAUGUGGAUCAUAACAAGCUACAGCGUUUCCCUUCUGAAAUACUUGCCCUUACUGAUCUAGAGGAGCUUGACUGCUCUGGAAAUAAACUAGAAGGUCUUCCGGGAAACAUCAUGAUGCUCCAAUCUAUUAAAAUCUUGUGGCUCAGCAGCACUCAUCUCUCGUUUUUGCCUGAAACAUUUUGUGAGCUGCAGAACUUGGAGAGCCUGAUGCUUGAUAAUAAUUUCCUCACAAGCCUGCCGCAGUCGUUUGGGAAACUGCUGAAACUGAAAAUGCUCAAUCUCUCCUCAAAUUCUUUCGAACAUUUUCCUCAGGUUAUCAUCAAACUCGCCAGUUUGGAGGAGUUGUAUUUAAGCCGGAAUAAACUGACAUUCCUCCCUGAGGAGAUAGGACAGCUGUGCAAUCUUGCUAAUUUGUGGUUGGACAAUAAUAGCAUAACGUUUCUCCCUGACUCUAUUGUAGAGCUAGGGAGAUUGGAGGAGCUGGUUUUACAGGGUAACCAAAUUGCCAUCCUCCCAGACAAUUUUGGAAAACUUGCCAAAGUCAACAUCUGGAAGGUGAAGGAUAAUCCUCUCAUUCAGCCUCCGUAUGAAGUGUGCAUGAAGGGGAUCCCCUACAUAGCUGCCUAUCAGAAGGAGCUUGCACAUUCCCAGCCUGCUGUCAAACCCAGGCUUAAACUGGUUUUGAUGGGCCAGAGAAAUGCAGGGAAAACCACACUCAGGCAGUGCAUUGUCAACAAACCGUCAGAUGCCAAGAUGGCCAUUGGAUGUAGGGGUAUUGACGUGACGAACUGGGUAGCGGAUGCAGAUCGGAGUCUUACAUUCAUUGUAUAUGAUUUAUCUGGUAAGCAGAACUAUGAUCUUAUCAAACCCUUUUUCUUGUCUCCCGGAGCACUUUAUGUUUUGGUGGUGAAUCUGAAAUUGUAUACAUCAAAGAGCUUCUAUUCCCAUGUUGGCAGUUUCCUCCACCUGCUCAGUGCUAAGGUGCCACACGCAGUUGUGUGCAUUGUAGGCACCCACAGUGACUUAUGUGAAGAGAUUGAGGUUGAAGAAAAGUGCCUGGAUAUUCACAGACAGAUUUCGCUUCAGGAAAAAACGGACACUGAAUGCCUACAAGUGCUUGCCCUGCAGGUCGACGAAGCCCUUGAGCAAGGUUACGACGUUCGGACUUCUAGCCCCCAUGUUCUGUUUUAUGGGGUCACAGAUAAAAACUUACGACGGAAAAAGUCUCAGUUGCAAUACAUGCUCAACAAUCGCCUACAAAUCCUCUCUCCGGUGAUUUGCGUCAGCUGCAUGGUGGCUCAAAGAAACAUCCCGCAUUUGAAAGAGAAGCUCAUGUCUGUGGCAGAUCACAGGGAGAUUUUCCCCAAUCUCCACAGAGUCCUGCCAAAGUCGUGGCAGAUGCUUGAAGAACUGCAUUUUAAGCCACAGGAUUUAUGGCUUUCCUGGUGGGAUUCGGCCCGGUUUGGCCUUCAGGCUGGGCUGACGGAGGACCGCCUGCAAAGCGCGCUCUCGUACCUACAUGAGAGCGGUAAACUUUUGUACUUUGAAGACAGCUCGACGUUGAAGGAAUACGUCUUCCACAAUCUCCCCCGGUUUAUCGCCAUCUUGAAUGUGUUUUUCCAGAGAGACCUCGCUGCAAUGCUUGAGAAACUGCAGGCUGAAGGAGACGAUGGAGAUGGCGCCAGGUCUAUGGAGAUGCACGGCCACGUGGAGGGGUUUCUGUUGCACGGCUUACUGCCAUCAAAUGUGAUUCGAUUGCUGCUUAAGCCCCUGGUCCAGACACAGCAGGACUUGCACCUGAUCAUGGAACUGCUGGAAAAGAUGGGCGUCUGCUACUGUGUCAACAAACCUCGCAGCAAGCCGCUUAAUGGGGCCACCGUCUGGUAUAAAUUUCCCAGUCAGGUCAGCAAUGAGGAGCCCCAUCCUGUGGUGUCGGCCAGCGGGGGCUCGUCGAUCCCUGGUCAGUUCUUCUCAGUUGAGCAGCUGCAGAUUGAAUACAGGUUUCCUUUCUCCACCCCUCUUGGACUUUUUGCACGGUAUAGCGUGCAAAUCAACAGCCACGUGGUGCAACGGUCUGAUGGAAAGCAUCAUAUCUUUGCCUAUCGGGGUAAAGUGCCUGUGAUGGUGAGUUACCGGCCCUCACGGAGCAGAUUGCAGCCUGAGACCCUCUCCAUUUCCAGCCAUGCAUCCUUGCCAAAUAUCUGGACAGCUUGGCAAGCCAUUAUUCCCUUAGUGGAGGAGUUCAAUGUUCUUCUGCAGGAAUGGCCUGGCCUUCACUACUCUGUGCAUGUCCUGUGUUCCAAGUGCCUGAAGAGAGGAUCCCCCAAUCCACAUUCCUUUCCAGGUGAGCUGUUAAGCCAGCCUCGACCUGAGGGACUCACUGAGAUCAUCUGCCCCAAGAAUGGCUCGGAGCGGGUCAACGUGGCACUAGUUUACCCUCCAACCCCGACUGUGGUCAGCCCCAGUCAUAAAUCACAUUGACUUGACUUCCCUGCCUGUGAAUGGCCUCCACAAACCACUGCACCUCUAUUCCCUAUAUCUUAUAUCAGACAUUUACACUCACACACAGGUGUAUGUGUGUUUGUGUGUGUGCGCAAAAGUGUGCACCCUGCUUUCUUGUUGCCUCGGUCCUUCAUCCCACAUCUGAGAGGAUUGAUGGACCACCAGAGACCCGACACGUGCAAAGAAGGUUCAUAAUAGAAGCUUGCCAUUGGAGGCCAUCAUAUCAGGACAUACUUACAGGUGUUCAGCUCUGACUGCCAACACACGAUAACCUGAAAGUAUUAGAAACUGUUGCACUGACAUCCUGUUUUUUUUUUUUUUUUCUGUGUACACCUAAAGCUUUUUCAGUCACCCUGAGCCUUCCACGAUGAUUUAAGCCUUUCAGUUCAACGUGAGAUCGGACGUUCCUCUUCAAGUUCUUGGAAGUUCCCAUUUGUUGCAUCUCUUGGACUGAAACUACAUCUUGUGCUGCUGGGUGCCGAGUGGUUAAGCUGACAGAGAAUGCAAGCGAAAGGACACCGUUUCCCCUUUGACAUAAGACAGACUUUGAUUAGCAAGACUGAUGCUUGAAAUGAUGUUGUAUUUGAAAUGCAUGCCCCUAAAAUGCAAAAAGGAUUCUAAAAUGACAUACAUGGAUAAAUGCACUAGCCCAGGCCUCUUGAGAGGUUUAGUCUCAUCAAACAUAAAAGGACAAUUGCUGGGCAUAAAUCUUUGACAUCUAUUUAUUGGUUUUCUGCUCACAGACAGACACACUGUGUUCAUAUUGUAUAGAGAUAUGCAGACAUUUCAAAUUAUUUUAUUGCAGCCAAAGAUAUAAAAAUGUUUUGAAGGACCACUGACACAAGCUUCUAUCUAUCUAUCUAUCUAUCUAUCUAUCUAUCUAUCUAUCUAUCUAUCUAUCUAUCUAUCUAUCUAUCUAUCUAUCUAUCUAUCAUUCUUAUCGUCCCUUAUUUCAGUCUAUGCAUAAUUCUGUACCCACAUACACUUGUGUUUAUACAGAUAAUCAUACUCCAUAGCAUGAGGGAUAUUAUUUUAAGCACGCAAAUUCAAUUCAAAUAUCAGCCACCUGGAAGAUUGUCUCAUUGUUUCUUGCACAUGUUCACACUUUCCUAUAAGACACAGUUUUGGAUACAUAUGAGCAGUAAUAUUGAUGUACAGUCACGGAUGGACCGAAAUGGUACAGGUAUAAUAAUUCAGCCAAGGAUGUUUUCACUCUUGAGGUGAAUCUGCUUAGCUGUGAAGUUAUUUGAUAGAUAUGUAAUACGUGCUCUUUAAAAGCGGUGUCUGAAUCAUAUAUUGUACAUAAAAAGUGCACAUUUAGGACAAAAGAAGCAAGACUUUUUUUAUAUGUAAGUGAUUCUGAUACUGAUUCGUACUCAGAAAUAAUUGUGCAUUGUUUCAGUGUUUCUUUUUUUGGAGAGGAGAGAACCUGCAAUACAUGUAAUGUUUUGUGAACAGAUGAAAAAUUUUGUAUAUAAUAUUUUAUUUUUGUAAGCUAACAAGCUGUCACAAGUUUCCCUCAUUAUUAACUGUGCAUUGUGCAUGGCUACUGUGCUCAAUGUAAAAUCCACAAACUGUUUUCUAAGUUAUAAAGAAGUUAUUCUUUCUCAUUGUAGGACUGCAGAAACACCAAAUAUAAAGGCUGGUUUCCA